AUGACGGAGGAGGCACUAGAUCUGUUUUGGGCAGAAAAAGUUGCCCUCCAGGACCUAGUAACCUCCUCAUGCACUUCCGGGAAGAAUGGAACCGGAGAUGGAGGGGCCUUCCAUGGCAGCCCGACGCUCUUGGCGGCCCGGGCAAGCAUAGCAGUCAGCUCUGGAUCUGACUCGGGCAACGCCGCUCUCCCAGAAGGAGGCAACGCAGCCGAAUCUUCAUCUCCAGAGCCUAGCUCGUCCCCCGAUGCAGUGAUUGACAUCAGGUCAUCUGCUGGUGGGCCGGAUGAAGUGCUGGGCCCCACCCUGUCCGCGCACCAGCAUUCACAUCACGGUACACCAGAGGCUCGGCAGUGCAGUCCAGCACUCAGGGUAGAUGCAAGCCCUCAUUGGUUGUCUUUGGUGUUUAUUCAAACCAGAGACUCUAGGGAAGGCAUUGCUUUUUUGCCAAAUAUCGACUGUUUCCUCUUUGAAUGUGUUUUUAUUCCUUUUUGUUGUGUACAGGCCUCCAUUCUGGAUCUUCACUCUGGGGCAUUGUCGAUGGGGAAGCAGUUUGUGAAUAUCUAUAGAUAUUUUAAGAAUGAGAUAAGGGAUGUUUUUACAGAAGAAGAUUUUGAACUGUACAGGGAUGUCCGUAGCCGAAUUCAAAAGGCAAUAACAGAGACAUUUGGUCUGGACACCAAACGGAUGUACCUCAUCAAGCCCACCUUCUUCUCUCGAAUCAACAGCACCUCUGCCAAAACCACUCAUGAUGAGUACUGGCACCCACAUAUCGAUAAGGAGACUUAUGGAUCCUUUGACUACACGUCUUUGCUCUACUUGUCUGAUUAUGGGUUGGAGUUUGGUGGCGGACGCUUUGUCUUCAUGGACCCCAGUAGCAACAGGACAGUGGAGCCACGCGCUGGUCGGUUGUCAUUCUUCUCAUCCGGUUCUGAGAACCUCCAUCAUGUGGAGAAGGUCACUUGGGGUACGCGAUAUGCCAUUACUUUGUCCUUCACAUGUGACCCCCAUUAUGCCAUUGAUAACCUCUUCCUGCUGUAG